AUGCACCUGGGAGUAAGCGCAGCCUUUCAGUUCGUCAGGAAGAUGGCAACCUCGAGCGCAGAGCCGCAAUUCCUAGUACAGUACUUGGUGCUACGAAAGGAUCUAUCGCAGGCUCCAUUCUCCUGGCCAGUAGGCGCCUUAGUAGCGCAGGCUUGUCACGCAGCCACUGCGGCCUUGCACGUUCACCGCGACCACCCGCACACGGCUGCUUACCUUCGGGAGUUGGGGCGCAUGCGAAAGGUGGUACUCGAGGCCCCAAAUGAGAGCACCUUAAAGGAGCUGGCUGAGACCCUGCAACAGAAGAACAUUGACCACAUGCUGUGGCUGGAGCAGCCAGAGAAUAUCGCCACUUGCAUUGCACUCCGGCCCUACCCCAAAGAAGAAGUGAACCAGUAUCUGAAGAAGUUCCGAUUAUUCAAAUGA